CCGCUCCAGGUCGUUAGAUGGCGCUGAUGUACUUGAUCAGAAAAGCUCACUGCGAGUGCGAGCAAAACAUCUCGCGAAGUAAACGUUCACGCCACACGACACGUGUUGUUACGGCGUUACACACUACCUAGUCAACGAAACAGUGAAGAUGCGGGAGAAAAAGAGUAAAGAGGAGACACAGAUAACCGAUGACCCUGUGAAGAAUUUUGAGAAAUGGAAAAGGAAAUACAACAAAACAAAGAAAAUAGUCAAACGAGUUCAAAAGACCACUAAGAAACGCGACUGGGAGGUGGAGAGAGAAAACAUACAGAAGCUGGUGAAGAAAUACUCGGAGAUCAAUCCCAAAGAGGCUGUGAAGUUUUCUGAUUUUCCACUCUCAAAAAAGACUCUGAAAGGUCUUCUUGAGGCUCAGUACAGGCAGCCCACGGAGAUUCAGAGGCAGACGAUUGGCUUUACUUUGCAAGGGAGAGAUGUUCUUGGUGCUGCAAAGACAGGCUCUGGAAAGACUUUGGCCUUCCUCAUCCCGAUUUUGGAGUGCUUGUAUCGUGAACAAUGGACUGCGAUGGAUGGCCUCGGCGCUCUCAUCAUCUCUCCCACCAGAGAGCUGGCCUACCAGACCUAUGAGGUGCUGAGGAAGGUCGGCAAGAACCAUGAGUUUUCUGCCGGUCUUGUAAUUGGUGGAAAGGAUCUGAAAGAUGAAUCAGAAAAGAUCCAUCGGACAAAUAUCAUUAUCUGCACGCCAGGACGUCUGCUGCAGCACAUGGACGAGACGGCAACCUUUCAUGCUUCAAAUCUGCACAUGCUAGUACUUGAUGAGGCCGACAGAAUUCUGGACAUGGGUUUCACCGACACACUCAACGCCAUUGUUGAAAACCUUCCGACAACACGGCAGACCCUUCUCUUCUCUGCCACUCAAACCAGGUCUGUCAGAGAUCUGGCCAGACUGAGCCUGAAGAACCCAGAGUAUGUGUGGGUCCAUGAGCAGGCCAAGUUCAGUACUCCAGCGACUCUGGAACAGAACUAUGUGGUGUGUGAGCUGCAUCAGAAAGUCAACAUGCUCUUCUCGUUUAUGAGGAGUCACCUUAAGAAGAAGAUCAUAGUCUUUUUUGCCUGCUGCAAAGAGGUUCAGUAUCUGUUCCGGGUCUUCUGCAGGUUGCGUCCGGGUAUCUCCAUACUUGCUUUGCAUGGCAAACAGCAGCAGAUGAAGAGGGUGGAGGUUUAUAAUGACUUUGUUCGCAAGACCUCAGCCGUCCUCUUUGCCACAGACAUCGCUGCCAGAGGACUUGACUUCCCUGCAGUGAACUGGGUGCUGCAGUUUGACUGUCCUGAAGAUGCAAACACAUACAUCCACAGAGUUGGCAGAACAGCCAGGUAUAAGGAGGGAGGCGAAGCUCUUCUUGUCCUAUUGCCCUCGGAGGAGAACGGCAUGAUUGCACAGCUUCAAGAGAAAAGAGUUCCCAUUAACAAAAUCAAGGUGAACCCAGAGAAGUUGGUGUGUGUCCAGCAGAAGUUGGACGCCUUCCUUGCACAGGAGAAAGAGCAGAAGGAACGAGCACAGAGGUGUUUUGUGUCCUACCUCCGCUCAGUCUAUCUGAUGAAGAACAAAGACGUGUUUGAUGUUUUCCAGCUCAAACUCCCAGAAUAUGCUAUGUCGCUGGGUUUGGCGGUGGCCCCUCGGGUCCGUUUCCUCAACAAGGCCCAGCAACAAAAGAGUGGAGUGGCGCAGGAUGACAGUGGUGCUGCAGGACGCGUGUCUGAAGAUGAGCUGAAGAGUUUUAAAGCCCAACUCAAAGGAGAGUGUUCUAAGUCUCAGUCCUCACAGUCUGAGGAAGAAGAAGAAGAGGAUGAUGAUGAUGAGGAGAAGGAGUCAUUAAAGCCUGCAGCUCUGCUAUGUGGCUUUAAUGAAGAGGAUGAAGACGACCAGAAAGAUCUGGACCUACUGACUGUCAAGCGUAAAGAUGUGUUCAAUAUCAAUGAAGAGAGCCAGGAUGAUGAGGACACAGAUGCUAAGGCCGAGAAUAAGAAACAAAAGGAAUCCAAAUUCACAGAUGCAAAGAAAAUGCAGAAAAGAAACUUCAAGGUCAACACUAAGAAGAUCUUCACUGAGGAUGGCAAGGUGGUGCAGCAGUGGCCUCCAUUGCAGCGGGCUGUGGUACCAGAUGAAGAGGAGGACGAGGAGACAUCUGGCAUUAACAUGGAAGCAGCCAAAGAGCGGCUCCGCAAAGAAGACCAGGAGUUCGACAAGAUCGAGUAUCGUCGUAAAAUCAAGGAGAAACAUAGGGAGAAAAGACUGAAGGAGAAAGCAGCUCGAAGGGAAGCGAGCAAACAGCAUAAAGAGGAGAAAAAGAAAGCUGAUGAUGAUGACGAUGACGAUAUUGAUGAUGAUGAGGAGGAGGUGGUUGCAUAUCUGUCAGGUGCCGAUAAAGAAUUUGACCCCAGCACACUUCCUGACCCCGACAAAGUGUGCAACUCUGAGUCCUCCGAGGAGGAAGAAGGGUAAGAAUAAAGCUUUUGUAAACAACAUGAACG